AUGGAGGAGGGGUGUUACCAAUACUAGCCUUUCUCCUCUUCGGACCUUUAUAAUUGGAAGACACAUAACCCCCCCUUUUCAUAGGACUCGCAGGCCUUGACAGGUCUUAUUGAAUCUAUCCUCAUCACCCACCAGCCCACCUGGGAUGACUGCCAACAACUCCUGCAGACUCGCCUCACAACCGAGGAGAGACAACAGGUGCUCCUAGAGGCCCGGAAGACCAUACAGGGGCCAGAUGGCAGACCCACCCAGCUCCCCAAUGAAAUAGAUGAAGUCUUUCCCUUGAUCAGACCGACAGAUUGGGACAUCAACACUGCAGCCUGUAGGGAGCAUCACUGUCUUUAUCACCAGUCUCUUUUGGCAGGUCUCAAAGGGGCAGGAAGGAGCCCCACAAAUUUGGCUUGGAAGAAACCGCCAAGGUUUCUAGAGUGUUUGAUGGAAGCCUACAGAAUGUAUACCCCCUUUGGCCCCCAGGCUCAGGAUAGGGAGGCCGAUAUAGUCAUGCCAUUCAUUGGACAAUCAGUGCCCAAUAUACGUACGAAACUACAGUGCCUUGAGGGGCUACAGUGGUACACCCUUCGAAACUUAGUAAAGGAAGCAGAAAAGAUUUUCAAUAAGAGAGAGACUCCAGAAGAAAAAGAAGAAAGUUAUGAAAUGCAGGAGGGCAGGGAAAAUGCAAGAGACAAAAAGCAAAACCAAGAGCUGGCUAAGAUUUUGAUCACCAUAGUUCAGAGAUCAGAACAUAGGCCAGGUCAGACAGGGAACCUGGGAGACAAAAGGAGAACAAGAGUGGAGAGAGACCAGCGUGCUUAUUGCAAGGAAAAGGGACAUUGGGUCAAAGAUUGCUCGAAGAAUCCAAGGUGGAAGCCCAUUCCCGUUCUCUCUCUGGAAGAGGGAGACUAGGCCAGUCAAGGCCAGGUGCCUCCCCCUGAGCCCAGGGUAACUCUUAACGUUGGGGGGCAACCCAUAACUUUCUUGGUAGACAUGGGAGCUCAGCAUUCAGUCCUGACUCAGACCCAGGGACCCCUGAGCACCUGGAUGGCCUGGGUCCAGGGUACCACCUGAGGAAAGCUACACUGAUGGACAACUGAACAUAAGGUCCACGUGAGCACUGGACAUGUGACUCACUCUUUCUUGCUGGUGCCCGAAUGUCCUUACCCCUUAUUAGGGAGAGACCUCCUCUCUAAAGUGGGAGCCCACAUUCACUUCCACCAGAAGGGGGCCACCAUCACAGGAGAGGGGGGACAACCCCUCCAAGUAUUGACCUUAAAGCUCGAGGAUGAAUAUAGACUUCUAGAGGAUCCCUCACCCCCCUCACCAACCAUGGAGUCUAGCUGGUUAGAAAAAUAUCCCCAGGCCUGGGCAGAAACAGCAGGCAUGGAUUUGGCUAAAAAACAGCCUCCUUUAAUUAUCAACCUCAAGCCCUCAGCCACCCCAUUGGCCAUUAAACAAUAUCCUUUGAGCCAAGAGGCCCAGGAAGGAAUCAAACCACAUAUUAAUAGACUAUUACAACAAUGCAUCCUUAGGCCCUGUCGCAGCCCUUGGAACACCCCUGUUCUCCCCAUAAAGAAACCAAGUACGGGGGAGUACAGGCCAGUUCAAGACCUGCAGGAGGUCAACCAAAGAACUGAGGACAUCCAUCUGACGGUACCCAAUCCUUAUAACUUUCUGAGUAUGUUGCCUCCGAGCCACAUCUGGUACACGGUGCUAUAACUUAAGGAUGCAUUCUUUUGCCUCAGACUGAGUCCCCAGAGUCAGCCCACAUUCGAAUUUGAAUGGAAGGACCCCAAAACUGGGUUUUCUGGCCAGCUCACUUGGACACGGCUCCCCCAGGGGUUCAAGAACUCACCAACCCUCUUCGAUGAGACCCUACACCAAGACCUAGCAGACUCAAUCCAUAACCCUAACCUGAUCCUGCUUCAAUACGUAGAUGACCUUCUCCUGGCAGCGGAAUCUGAACAAGACUGCUUCCAAGGUAUCGGGGCCUUACUGCAAAAGCUGGGGGAACUGGGAUACAGAGCUUCAGCAAAGAAAGACCAACUUUGCAGGGGGCAGGUCACCUACUUCGGAUACCGGCCCCAGGGUGGCCAGAGAUGGCUAACAGAAAGCCAUAAGCAAGCUGUGGCCCUGAUUCCACCACCCAAGAGCUCCCGGGAAGUUCGAGAAUUCCUGGGAAGUGCAGGGUUCUGCCGUCUCUGGAUCCUGGGUUUUGCGGAGCUGGCAGCCCCACUGUAUCCUCUGACUAAAGCUAGCACCCCUUUUACAUGGACAGAGGAGCAUCAGAAGGCCAUUGAUGGCAUCAAAAAGGCCUUACUGUCUGCCCCUGCACUAAGCCUCCCCAACAUAAACAAGCCUUUCACCCUUUAUGUGGAUGAAAAGGCUAGGAUGGCAAAAGGGGUCUUAACAAAACAACUCGGACCCUGGAAGAGACCUGUAGCAUACUUCUCUAAGAAAUUGGACAAUGUGGCCAUGGGCUGCCCCCCCUGCCUCCAGAUGGUGGCUGCUGUGGCAGGUCUAGCCAAGGACAGAUUGAUUCUGGGUCAGCCACUCACGGUGAUAGCCCCCCAUGCAAUUGAGGCAGUGGUCCAACAACCCCCCAAUCGAUGGCUUUUGAGCACACAUUACCAGGCUCUGAUCCUCAACCCAGACAGACUGCUAUUCAGGGCAGCAACAUCUUUAAACCAGGCCACCCUCCUUCUGGAUGCGAAAGCACAAACCUCUCUGCCCCAUAACUGCUGCCUGAUCCUGGCCAAGACCUGUGGAGCCCGAGAAGACUUGAUGGAUCAACCGCUACCAGGAGCCGAGCACACCUGGUUCACGGAUGGGAGCAGUUUUCUGCAAGACGGUAUACAAAAGGCAGGGGUGGAGGUGGUGGAUGGGCAGACUAUAACAUGGGCCAGUGCUUUGCUGCCAGGAACCUCAGCCCAGACAGCAGAGCUGAUUGCCCUGACCCAAGCACUCAAAAUGGCUGAAGGCCGUAGAGUCAAUAUCUAUACAGACAGCCGCUAUGCAUUUACUACAGCUCAUGUACAUGGAGAAAUUUAUGGGAGACGGGGACUUUUGACUUCAGCAGGAAAAGACAUUAAAAAUAAGACUGAGAUCCUAGAGCUCUUGCAGGCUCUUUCUCUGCCACAAAGAUUGAGCAUUAUACAUUGCCCCGGACACCAGAAAGGAAAUGACCCAGUGGCUAGAGGGAACCUAAUGGCUUUGUCACAACUACAUCGAUGGACCCACCUCGGGCACAAAAAGCUAAAAGCCCUUCUACAACGAGAAGAACAAACCUACUAUAUCCACAACCUCAAUGCUCUCAUCCAACAGAUCACUAGCACCUGUACCCCCUGUGCAAAGGUGAAUACAGGACGGUUCAAGUUGCCUGAGGGAACCAGGGUUAGAGGAGAAUGGCCAGGGACCAACUGGGAAGUUGAUUUCACCAAAAUCAGACCCAGUAGCUUUGGGAACAGGUACCUCCUGGUUUUUAUAGAUACUUUAUCAGGAUAGACAGAGGCUUUUCCUACUAUGCAUGAGACCGCAUGGGUGGUGGUCAAGAAGAUUGUUGAAGAGAUCUUCCCGAGGUUCGGACUGCUUAAGGUAAUAGGGUCCGAUAACAGACCUGCCUUUGUCUCCCAGGUAAGUCAGUUGGUGGCCAAAACAUUGGGGAUCAAUUGGAAAUUACAUUGUGCAUAUCGCCCCCAAAGUUCAGGUCAGGUAGAACGGGCAAACCGAACAAUUAAAGAGACCCUGACCAAAUUAGCCUUAGAGACUGGCGCUAAGGACUGGGUACAGCUCCUGCCCAUGGCCCUAUUUAGGGUUCGGAAUACCCCCUCGGUACAUGGGCUCACACCUUUUGAGAUUUUGUUCGGAGGACCCCCACCUAUUAUGGAUGUGUUCCCUGCUGAUCCUAACCACUCCGUUAACCCCCCAUCCCUUCAGGCCCGACUACGAGCACUCCAGAUUAUUCAAAACCAGAUCUGGAAACCAUUGGCUGCAGUGUACCAGGCCGGAAACCCUGCUGUACCUCAAUUCCAGAUUUCAGACUCUGUAUACAUCAGAUGCCACCAGUCUAAGACCCUUGAGCCUCGCUGGAAGGGCCCCUACACUGUGUUUCUGACCACCCCCACGGCACUCAAGGAGAACAGGAUCGCAGCAUGGGUCCACGCUUCACACGUCAAGGCGACUAAUGAGACCCCGGAAUGGAAGCUACAGCGCACUCAAAACCCGCUCAAGAUAAGACUUUUAUGCAAUGUUUGAUUAUUUCACUAUGCUCGAUGCUUUUCCAUUUCUCAGCCCUAGUUAAAGGAGCCCCACAUGCCCCCCAGCAGCUAACUUGGCAGGUGAUAUCCCAGACAGAGGAGGUCGUCUGGUCAGUCACUAGCCUUCAGCCACCC